UCACCCAUUCCUUUGCCAGACCGCCAUGCUCAUACCAUGGAGCUAUAAACACAGUUCCUGCUUUGUUUUUGCAAUACCAGCUCAGUGCGGUCCUUUUCGGUACAGAAACAUCGAAUUUCGAAGUACCACAUUCGCAUUUUUGAACAUGAUGUAUCUUUCUUCUUUAGAGGUAAUGCUGAAACAAAGCCGAGGUUUUGCAAAUGCCGGUCUCUCGGAUCAUGGUAACGGAAGCACUGUGUCUGGUACCCUUUGUAGUGUAUGCCGCUUUGAGUGGCAAAAAUAUAGAACAGGGUUGAGUCAUCCGACUGAACGUGCACUUCCUUUAUUUUGAUAAUGAUUUGUGAGGGUGAUGAGAUGCCGGUAAAAUGACGGACUAGGCCUAUAUGGUCUACCAGCAGAAAAAAAUGUGAGAAUCUUUAAUUAAAAAAGCCUACGCAUGAACGGUAUAUCCAUCCAUCUUAUUCGAUUUAAAAUCAGAAACAAUAUGAUGCCCCGCUGAGAUCGUAGAUACUUGGACAUUUUCACUGUAUUUGGAGAUUUUACCCGCCGACAACAACAGCACUCUGCGCCGACGUCCACCGCGCAACAUUUACAUUGUCACCACCCUGUGUUACUGUGCUGCUUCGUCCCGGUGUCAAAUUUAGUUGGACUUGGACUCGCCUUGCUGUAUGGUUUAAGUAAAAUGAAGAAAUCUUCUUCGUCACAAUGGUUGAUGAACAGUCCAGCCAAGAAAGGUUUCCAGUACAAGCCCACAGUGGUGGAGCAUCUAGCAAACUGCAUUACACACGGGGUCUGGAUCCUACCCACCUUCUAUGCAGGUCAUGACAUGAUGGAGGCUGCCUCGACUGCUGGAGAGAAGGCUAACGCUGUGCUCUUCUGUGUAGCCUUGCUCAGCGUGUUUAUCGUUUCCACUACCUUCCAUUUGGUUGCUUGGUUCGGCAAGCAAGCAACACUCAGGUUUUAUCUUCAUAUCAGUGACAGAGCCAUUAUUUAUCUCUUCAUUGCUGCUUCCUACACACCAUGGCUGACACUCAAGAAAGUGGGUGUGAUCGGACAGAGUAUAUUCUGCGUAGUCUGGGUCUGUGCUAUACUCGGUGUCAUCUAUUCCUACUGCUUCUAUGAAAAAUACAAACAACUAGAGACCGCCCUCUAUCUUCUUCUCGGCAUCGGUCCGUCUGUGGCUGUUCUUGAUGUGCAAUGUUCCAAAGAUGGUAUUUAUGAACUAGCACUUGGUGGACUAGUCUACGUUCUUGGCGUUAUAUUCUUCAAGAGCGACGGCAUCAUCCCUUUCGCCCACGCCAUCUGGCAUCUGUUUGUCGCCGCGGGGGCGGGGCUUCACUUCUAUGCCAUCCACACCUAUCUCAUGGGCUCCACCGACAGUUUGGGGGAGGGGAAAGACGCAUCCCACCCGGUUCACUUUAUAGGCUCUUUCUGAAUGGAGAGAUGCAGUCGUAAGUGUUUAUAUUUUUGGCAAACUUAGCUUAUGUAUCAGGAGAUUCUAACAUCUGUUCAGUUUCAGGAACAUCUGAGCAUGUUUUACUGUCACUGCAAAUUUUUUGUAUCUCUGUUUUGAGUGAUUUUGAGAAACACGCACAAGCUAAGUUUGUGGUAGUCUUGGUGCAAGACGUUCUUCGCAGGUUAAUUCACGAGAGACGGUACACCCUUUGUGUACCGCACAGCAGCAUGCUUGUAGCAUGUUGUUCCGAUAGAGGGCAUACUGUUCCCAUCCGCGAACCUGACUCGGUUGAGGAACGGCACCUGGUUUGUUGGCGUGUGUGCAAAGGGCGCCCUCUUUGGUGAGUCGUUGCACAGUCCAGUAACCUGUGCGCACUGAAACACCCCACCUCUAAGGACAUCUUGGAACCAAGACUAACUUUGUGGUUGCUCUGUGUUUCCAUUGGCUUCAGUCUUUCAACAAGGUUGGACAGUGAUCCAAGGUCUUGUUCCCUAGCUUCAAAAAUAGAAAUUUAAGAGAAUUGCAUGUGUUAUAUUUACUGACCAGACUUAUUAAAGAUGAUAUGUGUAGACUAGUUCCCCGUCCCUCAGGUUGCAGACCAGUAAAUAAACUUCCAUAGACCCCAAUGAUAAAUGCUCCCACUUCAGAAAUUCGGGAAAAAUACUCACAACUCUCCAAGG